AUAAUAUUAAUGAUAAGUAUUAUGUUAAAAAUUAAAAUGCUGUAGUGACUUAGGUCAAUUAAACUAAACGUAUUAAUUAAUAUAAAAUAGACUAUAGAGAAUGUUUUCGAAUAUGAAGUAAAUUUAUAUACUUCAAGCGACUUAUUUUAUUUACCAUCUGUUGAACAAUAAAUCAGUAUCAAAGAUGGAAGAUCAAGUACACGACCAGUUUACUUGCUUCGUAUCAAAGUUGAUGGAAGUUAGAAAAUCAAAAAAAUGCAUUGAGAAAACCGACACUGAUGGCAAUAAUGGCAUCACCGAUAUAUUUCGAUGGCUGCGAAACAAUUCGCCUCGUUUAAAUAAUAACUCCAAACAACUGCUGUUGGAUUCUGGACUGGUGGAAAUUUGUUUGUGGUAUUUCGAUGUCCAUUUCCACGAUGAUUUAUUGAGUCUCAGCAUACUAUUACAAUUUUUGGCCAAUUUUUCUAUCAAUUACAAGCCAGCACAACAAAUGAUUUUUAAAGACUUUCAUAGUACAUUAAGGAACCACUUGUUAUCAUCGUACGAUACAAAACUACUAAACAACACUAUUAUGUUACUCUAUAAUUUAAGUCUGCCUAAUAACGAUUUAAGAUCAAUAAUACUAGGAGAUGUGGAAAUUAUUAAGAAAAUUUUAAACUGUUGGCAACAAAAAGAACUAGAAUAUUGCAAAAUUUUUCUAGAUUCGUUGUUCUUCAAUCACGAUGAAUUUUUAUCGGUUUAUAAUAAUCUUUCAUGCUCGGAUAAGAAAAAUCUGUUGGACGUUUUGUCUUAUUGGCUCGAGCAUUACAAUGACGAUGUGCCUCUAGAGCUUGUAAAUACGAUAAAAGACGAGUUAUUUUUGGAAUGUGCAAUCGACCAAAUUACUAGUCCGGUGGUAAAAGUUCUAGCAAAAGCUUCAUCUAUGGACAAAUUUAAAAGCAGCAUCCAAACACACACAGCAUUUUUAAAAAAACUAAUCGAAGUACUCAAAUACAUACACGAGAGCAGUAAAAGUAGCUCUGGAAAUAAAGACGAAUUUAGUCAAGCUAAAAAUUUAUCGGCGUUGUUUACAAAUUCUGAAAUAACGAAUCACAGUAGAUUUUGGUUUAAAUCCGACGUCAUACAACUGAUUGCCAACAUCUGUUACAAUCACGAAGAACAUCAGAAUUUAAUGCGUACCCAUAACAUUAUACCUAUACUAUUGGAAUGUUGUUCAUUUGACGCGAAAAAUCCGUUAAUGCGAGAAUGGAGUUUGUUUGCUUUAAGAAAUAUUUUGGAUGGAAAUUUAGACAACCAAACAUUUUUGGCAAAUAUUGAUUCUGUCGGGUCGAUUGACCCAGAAUCCGUAGUAACAUUAUAAUGUUAAAAAUAUUUUUGUUCUUGUAAAAUUGUACGUUAUGUUAUAUAUUAAAGGAAUUAUGACUUGAA